AUGGCACUUAAUUUGCCGCAAGCGCCAUUGCCUGGCGAUUUCCAAUGGGGCUUUGCCACGGCUUCCUACCAAAUUGAAGGAGCGGUCGAUGAGGACGGCCGAGGAAAGUCAAUCUGGGACACUUUCUGUCAUUUGGAACCAACAAGAACGAAAGGUGCUAAUGGUGACAUCGCUUGUGACCACUACCAUCGCUUCGAUGAGGAUUUCGAUCUCCUGUCCAAGUACGGCGCAAAAGCAUACCGGCUUUCACUCUCAUGGUCGAGAAUUAUUCCAUUGGGGGGCCGUAAUGAUCCCAUCAAUGAAAAAGGCAUUGCCUUCUACAACCAACUGAUCGACGCUCUGUUGGCACGAGGCAUCACCCCAUGGGUGACAUUGUAUCACUGGGAUCUGCCCCAGCGUCUCCAUGACAGAUACGGAGGUUGGCUCAACAUCGAAGAGUCUCAGUUGGAUUUUGAGCGGUACGCAAAGGUCUGCUAUGAGCGCUUCGGGGAUCGCGUCAAACACUGGAUCACUCUGAAUGAGCCCUGGAUUGUAUCGAUUUUUGGCUACUCCACUGGAGGCAACGCACCAGGACGAAGUAGUACAAAUCCUCAGUCCACGGAGGGCAACUCUGCCACUGAGCCAUGGAUUGUUGGAAAAGCCCUUAUUUUGAGCCACGCUCGCGCGGUGAGACUUUACAAUAAAGAGUUUAGAGUCUCGCAAAAGGGCCAAGUUGGCAUCUCGUUGAACGGGGACUACUAUGAGCCUUGGAAUGCGCAAGAUGAGCGCGAUCAUCAGGCCGCCGAGCGUCGAAUGGAAUUUCAUAUUGGCUGGUUUGCCAAUCCAAUUUGCCUGGCAGAGGACUAUCCCGAGUGUAUGAGAGAGCAGCUAGGUGACCGUUUGCCCAAGUUCACUGAAGCGGAAUUUGCACUGCUUCGCGAGGCCGAUGUGGACUUUUACGGCAUGAAUUACUAUACCUCUCAAUUCGCGCGUCAUUGCGAUGCACCAGCUAUGGAAGAUGAUUACAAGGGAAACGUCGAAGAAUUUCAAGAGAACAAUCGUGGCUUGUCGGUUGGAGAGCCCUCCGGCGUCCACUGGCUACGAUCGACACCCGAUCUGUUCCGGAAGCACUUGACUCGGGUCUAUCGAAAAUACAAAAAGCCAAUAUAUAUCACCGAGAAUGGAUGUCCCUGCCCUGGUGAAGACAAGAUGGAAGUUGAGGAGGCAGUGAAUGAUACUUAUCGGGUUCGCUACUUUCAGGAUCACAUCAACGCCGUUGCCUUGUCGCGCAGUGAGGAUGGCUCAGAUAUCAGAGGCUACUUCGCAUGGUCGCUCCUAGAUAACUUAGCUGGAGGAGCCGCCACAGCUCUGUGCCGAUGGGAUGCCCUUGCUCGAGAACUCUACCUGCAGCGCUCAUCUGGUGUCUUGGAGGAACUUGUCAAUCGCUGCUUUGAUUUGUUCUUCGACUACCUGUUUCCUCUCAUUCCUCUUGUUCAUGAGCACAGUAUUCGGCAGGGAUUGAGCUAUUUCGUUCAGCGUGAUGAGACUCACAUAGCCAGAGGGGCCAGUGUGAAUCUGGUAGAUGGGUAUCAAAAUUUGAAAUUUCCUGAACUGUGGCCGGACAUGACCUUCACUCUUAUCUCGGCUGUCUGUGCUGAAGUGGCGUUUCUUCUCCCCAAGAACAUUUUUCCGGAUGGUGACCUAGUUGCAGAUGUCUUUCUACAGGCCUCCCGCAGUUGUCUAGCCACAUAUCUCGAGGCAGACUUGGAAUAUCCCAAUGCCAAUUCCGUUGUCAUCAGGUACCUGCAUUCCAAUUGUAUGCACGCCGCUGGAAAGCCAAGGCUCUCAUGGCACAUUUUCGGCGAAGCAACUCGGCUGGCCCAAGUGCUUCAAAUGCACGAUGAGGCGUCAAUCAAAGGUCUUCAUCCCCUCGAGGCCGAGUUUCGUCGCAGGGCAUUCUGGAUUACUUAUAUUGGGGACAAGUCUGCUGCAAUUCUGAACAACCGUCCGAUUACUAUUCACAAGUUCUCCUUUGAAUCAGGGAUCUCCAUCGGUCAUCCUACUGGUGUCGACGACGAAUUCGUAGCGACACCAGGAAAUACAAAUGCGGACGGUCCAAGUCCCCGGAAAAGCUUUUUGACCGGAUUCAAUGCCAAUUUACGUCUUUGGCAGUUAGCAUCGGACCUUCUUUUGGAGAUUCGUCUGAUCGAAAGCCGUAAGAUAGGGCCAAUGGGGCCCCUUCAUGCUUUCUCACCUGAAGAAAGACUACGGUUGGAUCAGCUCUACGUCCUCUUCGUCACUUCUCUGGACGAUCUUCCCCCUCCUCUACAAGAUCAUCAACUUCUGGCAAAUGCUCAAUUUGACAAAGAUACCAUCGAUCGCUUGUCACGAACCUACACUAUCCAAGCGGCGAAUCUGUACGUCUCCCUUCAUUGCCUUAAAAUGGUCAUUGCGCAAAAGUUUGAAGAGAUUCAAUAUUUCCCCACGGAUCACGGCGAGUUGUUGCUUUUGAGGAAAACCGAAAUUGCUCGGGGCAUGCUAAAAACCAUCCGAGAUGCCCCCUUCUGGGCACUCCAAGUCAACGGCGAGCCCUGCGUGGAGAAGAUACGCUUGAUCGGCGCAAGCCUUUUGGAAAUUAUUGAUCAGCAUGAGAAUUCACCCCUGUCUGCUCGUGCGCAGGCAGAUCUCUCUGUGCUUCUUGAUAUUUUGACUCGACUUGAUUCCAAGGCAUCGGAUACUUUACGUCGAUCGGUUUGA